AUGGAUGGAGAGAACGUGCGGCACAGCAGAGCCAGUGACCCGCAGCAAGCAGAGGACCGCAAUUGGCCCAAGGACUGCAGUGAGAUCCCCGCUGGCAACCCCAGCGGCAUCUACGUCAUCCAGCCCACCGGACUGCACCCCAUCGUGGUGUACUGCGAAAUGAAUGUGACAGACGGGGGCUGGACGGUCAUCCAGAGGAACCAGCAGAGCACGGAGAUCACCUGGGCCGAGUCCUGGAGCACCUACAAGUAUGGCUUUGGGAACGUGCACACUGAUUACUGGCUGGGCACCGAGUACAUCCAUCAGAUCUCCAAGCAGAAGGUCUACCAGGUCAGGUUUGUCAUUUGGGAUGCUGCUAACAGUAUCAGUUUUGCAGACUACAACCUCUUCAGCCUGGAAGAUGAGUCCCAGGGCUACCGGCUGAGGCUGGGAACGUACUCGGGGACAGCGGGCGAUGCCAUGACCUCGAACAGUGCUUCUGCUGUGCACGACAACAUGAAGUUCUCUGCUAAAGACCUGGAUCAGGACACUAACAGCGGGAACUGUGCCUCCAGCUACGGGGGGGGGUGGGGGUACUCGGCGUGUUAUUCUGUACGGCUGACCGUAGAGGGGGCCAUAACGUGGGGCAGCCUGUGCAGUGGGAACUGCAAAGCUUCUGCCAUCCUCAUCAAACCAGCUUCCUACUGCUAG